UGUUACACCAACCCUACUUUCACAUUUAAGAAAAUGAUUGAAAGAAGUUUAAGAGUUUUGCUUUUAUUACAAUUUCUUUACUUUGCCACAGGUGAAUACAAUUAUGGAACCGUAACAUGUAAAAAUCAAGCAUGUAAAUAUAAGCCAAAUGUUUUGGACUUUAAGGCGACAGCAUGCGGCACUUACAAUGACACGCUGACACAGACAGGGUGGGGGAUCCUGGACAUUGUGGGUGGACAGGGAGAUGAUGCUGACCUAGAUGUUAUGUAUGGUGCAGGCUAUCUGGAAGGAGUUUUCACUGCAGAGAGAAUUUGGCAACAUUACCAAAAUGUCCAGGAUUUUUUCUUUAGAAAAAGGGAUGCAGAUAUAUUGAAGAAACUUAAGAUUUGGUUUGAUCAACAGAACUCUUGGAUGAGAAAUAUGAUCAUAAAAAAUAAAAGUGAUCCAAUGUGGCGACAUGUGGGACUUAUCAUGGCCCAGUUUGAUGGUCUUGUAGCGGGCUAUAAGUCUGUAGCAAAAAUGGAUCUGGAUGUAUUUGCUUUCCAAGUCCUGAAUGGUGUAGGAGACCUGCUUGACUUGCUCAGCGUGAUUGACCCAGCCUCGAGUGCAGACUGGACUCAAAUGACUCACAGCCAAGUACUGUCAUAUGUACAGGACAGAGGCAUGUGCUCAGCGCUCAUCAAGGUGCUUGGUGCUUAUGAAGAUGUUUUUAUGUCCCACUCAAGCUGGUUUGUGUAUCAAGCCACUAUGAGAAUUUACAAGCAUUACAACUUUAAUGUCAGUGAUCCGGCAACCUCAUCAAAACGAAUCUCAUUCUCAAGCUAUCCGGGAUUUUUGGAGUCCUUGGAUGAUUUUUAUCAGAUGAGCAGUAACAUGGUUAUGCUGCAGACUACAAACAACGUCUUCAACAAAAAGCUGUACAACUUUGUCAAGCCGCAGUCGCUGUUUGCCUGGCAGCGUGUUCGUGUGGCCAACAUGAUGGCUAAUGGAGGAGAGGAAUGGUCCAAGAUCAUGACUAGAUAUAACUCAGGAACCUAUAACAACCAGUAUAUGGUAAUUGAUCUGAAGAAAAUUCAUCUGAAAUCAGCCAUUGAGGAUGGUGCAUUAUGGGUAGUUGAACAGAUUCCUUCCCUUGUAGAGGCUGGUGAUAUGACUCCCAUUCUAAGAACAGGCUACUGGCCUUCAUAUAAUGUCCCUUACUUUGAAAAAGUCUACAACAUGAGUGGUUACCCUGAGGUAGUAGCCAAGAUGGGGACAGAUUUCUCCUACCAACUCGCACCGAGGGCCAAGAUUUUUCGACGUGACGAGGGCAAAGUAGUGGAUCUUGACACCAUGAAGCACAUCAUGAGAUAUAAUGAUUUCAAGAACGAUCCAUAUUCUGAGGGAAAUUCCUGUAACACCAUCUGUUGCCGUGGAGAUCUAAGAGAUGCCGACCCCAAACCAAGUGGUUGCUAUGACACCAAGGUCUCUGACUACAAAAUGGCAUUAAACUUUGAAGCGGACAUUAUUAAUGGCCCAACUCGUGGAACAGGAUUACCUCCCUUCUCUUGGACAUCCGAAUUCAACCAAACCCACAUGGGCUUACCGACAACUUAUAAUUUCGACUUUUUGAGAACAUCUCCUAAAUUCAAAACACCUUGAAAGGGACAGCAAGCCGCAAAGAGAAAUUUUAAGCAUUCCGCAUGAAUAUAUCAAAUUAAUUCUGCAAUGAUGAUUUUAAACAAGCACGUUUUGUUAAUCCUUUUAAGGAAAUCAAUCGUCUUCAGUGUGGCCUUCAAUCAUUGGUGCAUGUUUUGAAAUCAGUAUAGUGCCUGUUAAUUGAUGCCCUUGUAAACUGCUUUGUUUAUAUGCUGUUGAUAUCAAUAACGGACAUGUACUCAUACGGUUUACUUGUACAUACAGUGUAUGUUGAUUCCAAUAAUUGUUCUUUGUGAAUUACCGGUAUUGCCACUUACCUCAGAACUGAAGUGACACGAAUCAGAAUAUCAGAUGAUUAUAACCACUCACCAAACUCAAAACUACGUAAUUCUUUUAACAAAUGAAAUAAUUCAACUCGUUCUAAUAGUGAAAUGAUAUGUGGUUUCUUUAAGUCAAUUGAAAUGACUUCUUAAUUAUAAGUAUUUGCUCUUGCACAAAACAAACCUAUAUCUUUUGUAAAAAAUACCCUAAUAUACGGUAUAGAUGCCUUUAUAACAUACUUUACAAUACCCACCGAUAUUGCAAAACAGAGGCAUUUUUCCUUAAGUGCGUGAGAGAGAAAAAUUGAGCAAAUGGUUGACAAUUAAUACUUUUCUAUUUGUCUGUGAUAUAUUUUUUGGAAAUUAAAGCCUAAUAAUGAA